CCCAGCUGAGGCUCUGGCCAGGCUGAGCCCAAUGCCAGGGGAGUGUGGGCCUCCCCAGCACUUGCUGCCUUGAGAGGCAGUGGCUGUUGUUUCCAUUCCUUAAGCUAAAACCAGUAACAAGCCGAGCCUACUCUUUCUUGUUGAACUUUCCCAGGCAGUAUAAAAAGAAACAAGGGAACCAUUUUCUCCCUAAUUCUGAGAUAUGUGUGCCUCAGCAUGGCAGCAUACUUCCAUUCCAGUUAACUGAUGGCCCCGUCCUGCUUGCUCGUCUGUCAGGAGUACCAGCUGCAAAGGAUCCACUGUGUCCCGCAGGGCGUGAUCCUGCGAACCUGCCUGGGGCAAUGCAAGAAGGGAGGUUCACGUACUGAAAAGCCAGGAUCAGGUGGGACGUGUGAGAUGCACGGCUACUUGCCUGGAACCUUGGUGUGCUUAUACACACAGCAUGGGGGGGGGCUAGCUAGUCUCAGCCAGAGGCCUCUGUAAGGGAACAGUUUCUGGCUGCUGGAAGAGACAUCUGAAGGGGAAGGCUGGGGUCCAUGUUUCUGUACACCCUGUCAGCAUUCCCACAGGUAUCAGAAAAAGGCUACGCCAAAUCCCAUGGGUCUGAGACACAGAGGUCCCUUCUGGUAAUACACAUUCACUUGGGACUUCAUCUGCCCCAUUCAUUCAUUCAUGGUUUUCUCCUCCCCCCGCCCCAACAGGGUCUACAGAAGGUGACUGCUAACUUAGCAUUGGAUUAAAGGGUCAGAGGGAUUUGUGCCUCUGUGAAAUUGGGGGUCUCCUGGGCUACCUUUUAUCCUCACCCCUCACAAGGACCAUAAAUCAGGAGGGAGGCUGGGGAGGAAGAUAGGUCAUUUUUGUCAUUCUAGAGUAGAAGAUGCCAGGAACAGGCAAGUCAGAAAGGGCCUAAACUGUCUGUGAGUGGAUAGCUUAGUAAGUAUUUUUAUUUUGUCUUUUGUUGUUUUGGAUUUGGGGUAGGUUUUUUGUUUGUUUGGUGUGGUGUGUGUGUGUGUACGCACUCGCGCGCGCACGUGCACAUUUUGACUUGGUGUUUGCUUGCUUGUUUGUUUGAGAUAGGGUUUCUCUAAAGCCCUGACUAUCCAGGAACUUGUUCUGUAGACCAGACUGGCCUCAAACUCAGAGAUCAGCCUGCUUCUGCUCCCCAAGUGCUGGGAUUAAAGGCUAGCCAGUUAACAUCAUUGAUACGUGUGACAUUUAGUCCUCCUGAAGGCCUAAGGAAGAUACUUUUCUUGUUUUCCGUUGUGCCCAUGAGAGAUUAUAUUACCUAUUUAGUGAUCCACAAUUAGAAGUCUCACCUGCCACGCAGGAGGCUCAGAUUCGAUCCCCAGCCCAUGCAGAGUCCAGUCCCUUUUGGGGGGCUGGAGAGACAGUUUAGUGGUUAAGAGCCCCAACUGCUCUUCCAGAGGUCCUGAAUUCAAUUCUCAGCAACCACAUGGUGGCCCACAACCAUCUGUAAUGGAAUGGAAUCUGAUACCCUCUUUUGGUGCACUCAUAUAAACAAACAGAUAGAUAGAUAGAUAGAUAGAUAGAUAGAUAGAUAGAUAGAUAGAGAUAGAUAGAUAGAUAGAUAGAUAGAUAGAUAGAUAGAAAAUCAAGGGCAGGACUUGGUACAAAAGGGGGGGUCUUUGGGGCUCCUCCAGCCCCAGCCAUGUCUGACUGGAAGCAUUUGCCUGGACUGUUCUGCUAGGCCUGGACACUGAGAAGAGGCUAGAGCACCCUUGAGAAGUGUUGUAGUUUAUCCUGAUGUUUCGUAUGUUCUGAAUUGUACAUUCACAGCUUAGCCAGGACCCUGGCUUUCUGGGUUCCCUCAGGGGUACCCAAACCAGUGGAUGUAAAUAUUCAAUAUCAGAUUUCCCAUAGGGGCAAAACAAAGCCUUAGUUUAUUUGCCAGUUUCCAUGUGUGAACAUUUCCUCUGUGGCCUGUUUCAGGCUACUCACUUGAUGUCCCUGAGGGAGAAGUUUGGAAGAGAUUCAUAGCCAGCUCUGAUGCUGUCUGGGCUCUGACUGUAUGAGAUCCAGUAACGUUGGGCAAUCUGAGCUAUGGGCGUGCCUGGUGGCUGUGGUCUGGUCAUCUGAGGGAGCCACUGGGGAAAGUAAGCCAGACGGUCAGAGCUGACCCCGAACUCUGUCCCCAUCAUUUUUUUUAAAACUCUGUGACUGGCCAGCUAACCUCCUUGCCUCCCGUUUCCUCAUCUGUAAGAUGAGAUAACCAGCAUCUCCUUCACAGGACUGUUGGGAGGAUACGGCUAAUAAUCACGGUAUCUGGACCCAUGCCCAAUCUCUGCUAGCUUUUAAAGACUUUAAUGAUACAUUGACAGCUCUGACUAGAGAACACUUGAACUAUCCUAGAUUUUAACCUAUUGUGUAUCCCACAGGGAGGAGAGAACCUCUUCAGCCCCUCAAAAUAGAACUCAGAGCAUCGGUGGUUGGGGUGCCUCACCUCGACUGCCUAAGCUACACCAGAUCCUUAGCCUUUUCCCAAGGGGAGCAGAGAUUAGAGCACACCUUAGUCCUUCUGUCACCUCUGGCUCCAGGGAAACAAAGAGCUGUGGGUUUGGGUUCCUCAUAGGCAUAAGUCCAUUACUCCCAUGAACUCUUCAGACCUCAGGUGAUGUUAAGAGGCCAGGAGGGUCCCCGGUGAGGACUUCCAGGAAGUAUAAGCUGGGUGGAGAGGAGGGCGUAGACCAGCCAGGUGCAUUGAGAAAGCACUAUCCCUUUGUGCUCUUGCUUGGGUCCUCUGGUCAUUAGGACACAGGCUUUCUGCCAGGCUGCCCUAAAACCUUACAUUCCUGCUGCAGUGUAGGGACUAGAGAUACAGAGAUGGAGAAGACCCAGAUAGGUUGUGGUCAGAUGUCAUUCAGGAGAGGUGAGUAGAAGCUCUCAUGGGGCUUGGAUGGAGGAAGGGAGAAGGCCCCGAGGAUAAGUUCUAGAAGUCACAGACUGAGCACUCUACAUCUAACAUGGGGUUGUCUGUAGGGUAACGAUCUGUUCAUAACUGAAAACCAAGGACACUGAUUUGCAUCCAUUCAAUAAGGACUGUGGAGGGCUUGCCACUCUAACCCUUACCAUAUGUCUGAGGAAACAGAAGAGACUCGGAGAUAAAGGGAGUGGACCCCCAAAGCCUGGGCCCCUGAAACCGGGCUGGGGCCAAAGAACAUUCAUGCUUGAAAGAACAGAGGUAACAGACAGGUGGCCAGCCGCACACUCCGGGUGGCAGACGGGACCUACCUGAACUACUUUUAGAAAAUAGUGUUACAUGUUUCCUCCUCAGUCGUUCCAGCUAAUUUUUUGAGACAGUCUCUUACUGUACCUGGAGCUCACCGUCUGGCUAGUGGAGCCCCAGAAAUCCUACAGUUUUCCAACUUCUCAGUGCUCGGAUUACAGUCAGGUGGCCUCUUUAUUUUUUUUUUUCCCCUUUUGAGACAGUUUCUCUACAGAACCCUGGCUUUCCUGAAAUACACUGAGAUCCACCUGCCUCUGCCUCCCCUGUGCUGGGAUUAGACAACUACUCCCAGCUGUCUGUCUGUCCGUGUGGUGUAGUGUGUGUGUGUGUUGGGAAUUGAACUCCCGUCCUCACACUUGCUGGAAGGAUGCCCACUGCACCACCCCCUUGUACCUCGUUUCUUUGUUUCUGCUUUGGAGGGGUUUGAGGGUUUAUUUGUUUUGGGUUUAUGUCACCAUUUUCAGUAGAUUUUGUGAUGUCAGAACAUGACUUUAACUCCAUGGAUAUGUAUCUAGGGCAUUACUAGUUACUGUUUGGGGGCUGAAGUGAUCCAACAGACCUGAGAUCGGAGCCCACAGUUGGCUGGAGAUGUCUGUGGUUUGGGCUCUGCCCCUUAAACUGAGAGCUUUGGUGGACCCAAUGUUGUGCAAGUACCCAGGGUUUUUGAGCAGAGGACAGAUAGACAGACAUACAGGCAGACCAGUUUGGUGACUUAGGUUCCUCUAGCUGAACUCUAGAGAAGACCAUGAGCCCAGGAGAUGGCAAGCCCAAGAGUUUUCCAGUGGAGAGACUUGAACACUCGGUCUCUUCAUCAGAAAUAGGAUGUGAUCAUUUACUUACUACUGGAGGGGAAUGAGAUAAUUUAUGUAGCCCAGGCUGGUAGUAAUCCUUUCAAUUUUCUGCCUCUCAGGGCUGAGAUUACAGGCAUGUGGCACAAGCCAAUCCAGAGAAACAGUCGUAUCAUUAGUUUUCAAAAAGAAAACAAGCCCAGAGGCUCAGCAAUUUCUGUUAGACUCUGAAGCCUGGACAUUUCCCAGACCUCGGGCAGUACCUUCCUAAGGCGUGUGCAGAGGGAGUGCGCAAGCCUCCCUGGGCCAGAGUGGGUGGGAGCCACCGUAGCUUUAAUGGGCGGUUCUCUAGGCGCUUCUGGGUGCAGGGCGCAGCUGCCCAAGCGGGGUCCCCGGAAGCGCCCGCGGCCAAGCUGGCUGUGAGCAUCCUCUGGGCUGGACCAGUAAAGGCGCUGUUGCUGGGCCCCACCCGACUAAGGCACUGGGCCUGGAGUGGGGGGGGGGGGGGCUCCCCCGCGUCGCCGAGGAGAUAGCGCUGCAUGUGUGUAGACGGCGCCCACGCCUCGAGGGUCCCAUCACUGCGUCUGUUCCCCGACUUUCCUGGAAGAGAGAGCAUGGAGCGCCUGGAGUCAGAGCUGAUCCGGCAGAGCUGGCGGGUGGUGAGUCGCAGUCCUCUGGAACAUGGUACUGUGCUGUUUGCCAGGCUCUUCGCCCUGGAACCCAGCCUACUGCCUCUCUUCCAGUACAACGGCCGCCAGUUCUCCAGCCCUGAGGACUGUCUGUCCUCUCCAGAAUUCCUGGACCACAUUAGGAAGGUGAUGCUAGUGAUCGAUGCUGCAGUGACCAAGGUGGAGGACCUGUCUUCACUGCAGGAGUACCUGACCAGCCUGGGCAGGAAGCAUCGGGCAGUGGGAGUGAGGCUCAGCUCCUUCUCGACAGUAGGUGAGUCCCUGCUCUACAUGCUGGAGAAGUGCCUGGGUCCCAGCUUCACACCAGCUACAAGGACUGCCUGGAGCCAACUCUACGGAGCUGUGGUGCAGGCCAUGAGCCGAGGCUGGGAUGGGGAGUGAGAGUCAAGCCAGUGCCCCUCUGUGUGUAUCUGUUGAAUGCCAGUGCCCUCCCUGUGUGUGUGUGUGUGUCUGUUGAACACCAGUGCCCUCCCUGUGUGUGUGUGUCUGUUGAUCACCAGUGCCCCUCUGUGUGUGUCUGUUGAUCGCCAGUGCCUUCCCUGUGUGUGUGUCUAUUGAUUGCCAGUGCCCCUCUGUGUGUGUCUGUUGAACGCCAGUGCCCUCCCUGUGUGUGUGUGUGUGUCUGUUGAUCACCAGUGCCCUCCCUGUGUGUGUGUGUGUGUCUGUUGAUUGCCAGUGCCCUCCCUGUGUGUGUCUGUUGAUCUGCCUGUUGUAGUCUUAGCCUCUCCCCAAGGGUCGCUCUGUACCUUCGUCUUCAUCCCCUUGGCCAUCUUAGAGCGGUGAUGGUGGAGGGCUCUGUCUCAGCUUCUGGUCAACCGCAGGGAGGUGGAUUUCCUUCCCUCAUCCUCACAGAUGUACUGCUGCCUGGUUGGCUCUCCCCAGGAGGCAGGACAGUUUUGGUAGUGAGGUGGCAUGGGGGUUCUUCUCAGAGAAGCUUUCUGCCAGGUGAGGGAAAAGUGGCUAGGCCUCUAGAAUUUUCCAUCUUGCCUGCCCAGUCUCCCUGAUACGUCCCUGCCAGGCUGAUUACUUUCCAACAAUGAAGAGGAGAGGGUUUAGUGUUUCUGGGGAUCUCAGGCAAGGGGAGCAUGGAAGAUGGUGUUCUUCAGUAGCGAUGGGCACCCUGGGGCUCAGAUGCCCCACAUAAAGCCUCCUAUGUAUGUUCUUGGUUCAAUAUUUUUGGUGUAUUCAUUUGGGGGAAACAUAGCUGGACAGCCAGAAUGGAGAGGCCAGAAGGGCAGAAGGAAUGACCUCAUCCCACGUGGCCCCGAGUUCUGGGGCUCUUCCUGCCACCGUAUUCUAGCAGGGCUGAAUCCUGUCUCCCCACCCUCUUCUGCUUACCCACCACUCUCCAGCUGUGGACCCCCAACUCUGUACUUAACCCUUGAAGUGGACCCAGGCUUAGGCGGAUGAUUGCAGUGGGAGAGAAUACAGUGGUAGGGGCCCUUGUUCCCAUCCCCAGCCACCCACACUUUUCUUGCUCUGUGCUGUGGUUCUAUAAAUUCACAAGAAAUAAACAUGUUCUGUGUGCUGA